GACAAUCGAAAAUAUAAGUAUUUUUGCGAAUCCUGCGAUACCUUAUUAUGCUCCGAGUGCGACCGUACUAGACACAGAGGAUGCCAUCAUGUCAAACUAAUAACAGACAUAUGUAAGGAUAUAGACUCUGACCCAAGAGUUAUUCAGUUCAAAACCAGGAUGGACAAAACUGCCUCCAUUCUGAAGGACACGUUGAAUGAACUAGAUACUACAGCACACAAUAUCGCAUUUUACAAGAGCGAGGCACAAAAAGCAAUGGGAAAACAUCGGGACAGUUUAAUUGCUCAUAUUACAAAACUGUUUGACGACCUUGAAAAGGAAGUUGAAUUGUUCAGUGGUGAAAAUGAACAAGUUAAUGAAAGUCUUCGAGAAAAUGCAUCUGACCUGAACAAACGUUUAGACAGCGUCCGGAAAUCAGUCAACAACUCUCCUGGUACAGACAUUGAUUUAAAUAAACUGUUUAUUCGAAUGAUGAAAUCAAGGACUGAUUUAAAUCUUGUUGCCAAGGAAACUGGACAAGGAGUACAUCCAUUUCAGACAAGAGUAAACAGGUACCAGUUCAUUCCUUCGAAAGAAUCUAACAGUAUACUAGAAAACCUUCAUUCGGUUGGAACUAUCUCAAAGAUAGUAGAACGUCCAAAUAAAGUCAAACAAGCUGGGAAUGUCAAUGUCCGAAUGCCUGGUGAUGCAAGUCCGUGGAUAUCGGGAUUAACCUUGCUUUCAAAUAAUCGACUUGUAGCGGCCGAUUGUAAAAAUCGGUCAUUGAAACUGGUAGACCUCAAAUACAACCGGAUCAUCAAGACGUUGACCUCCGAGUCGAGCCCCUGGGAUGUCACUACACUGUCUGACAAUCAGAUAGCUGUCACCUACCCUCACGUUCGUGUUAUCCAUAGACUGAACAUUGACAUUGAUGGUACCUUCAUAAGGAAUAAAGUAAUCAAGACAAGAAGCCACUGCUACGGAUUAGUGUAUUCCAAUGGGACCUUUAUUGUAUCGUUUGAGGAGCCAAACAGUGGGAUAGAAAUCAUUGAUAUGGAAGGAGGUGUCGUUAAAACACUGUGUCAACAAUCAGACAAUAACCCAAUGUUUACAUCGCCAUGGUUUUUGACAUUUGACCCGGACAUUCAAGCUAUCGUUGUAUCAGACUGUAAGCAAAAUAUAAUAACAAGCCUGAAUUUGAAUGGUGAUAUUCUUUGUAGACUGAAAGACGAUCUUGCUCUAACAACUCCCCGCGGAGUGUGCCUUGACCGACACAAGUCAUUAUAUAUAUGUGGGAGUGAGUCAAACACUUUAUGUCAAGCAAUGGACAGUAAUCGGAACAGCAUAUAUCAGAUUAUUGACAGAGAGAGCGGGAUUUUGAAUCGACCAUGGGCAAUAUGCUACGACAAUGAAAAAGACCAGCUUAUCAUCGGGGAUGAAAAUACAGACUUGAGGGUUUUCCAAAUUUACUUUACGAGGUAACCACGAAAUAUUAUUUGGAUGAAACAAUUCUGUAGAAAAUGAGCAUUUGGAAGGCAAAGGUGAUAACUGUUCUAGAAACAGACCGAUCUCAACCAACAUAAGGUGCUACCAGUUGUGUUGUUUGAACCAAAGUCAUCUAAAAGCAGUUUAACAAAUUUCUUGUCGCAAUCAAUAAUAUGAUAAUUCAUAUGUUAAAAGUGGCUUGUUUAUUCUCCAGAAAGUAGGCCCGCAGAGUUUUAAUUUGAAGGCAAUACACAUUAAAAACAAUAGUAAUGCAGUAAGAUUGUGUUUCGUGUUUAAAGCCACAAAAUAAUACCACAUUCAUUACAACUUUCGGCCCCGGCAUCACUUUCCAGCAUGGAUAUUCUAGCAAUGCUAACGAACUUAUUGGUUAGUGGCAAGCACUGCGCUCGGCGUAGGAAUACCACUUGAAAUGACGUAGAGAGGUCUUCAAUAAUGAUGAGCAGUCCCCGGAUAAUGGAUAACAAUAAACUCGUACACGGUUUAUCUUGACGUUGGCUGGUUAAAGCUUCUAUUUCAAAUGGUUCUUCAUUUUUGUUUAUGAAAGUUUUAUAUAGAACUAUUUUAUUUUAUUUGUAAAAGACAAUUCAGCCAUAAAUACAUUGCUUUCCACACGGACUUACAGUAUAAACAGCUUUGAUAAAGAAUUUUUCAACAUUUUAUUGUGGAUGUUUGAAAGAAUGCACACAGCAAUGGCACACCGGCUCAUGAUAAUGACUGUGAUGUUUCUCCUUCAAGUAAUCUCGCUCUCAACUGGGAAAUACAUGCUCAACGAAGACGGAAUCCCUGAUACGAUAUUAAGCUCCGAUGACGCCGACCCAUUUACGGACUUUACCGACAGUGAAUUUGGAUUUACGAACGGCAACACCAAAGGCCCGUCGUUUCAAUACGACAAAGACAUACAAGCACUUGUGGAUAUAAUCUAUAAGCAGGAAAUGAUAAAAUUACAAAACCAGAGAAAAAAGGAAGACUUUCACCCGGACCACAUUGACGCAAAAAGAGCAUGGCGUUUUCCACAAUAUGACUUUGGCAGAAUAUUUAGUAGUUCAUUCCUGAGAAAACCAGUCGUGUCGAAGGCUCCCACAUUUUCAAGACGUCGGACUCAACAGCUGUCGGUCUCCGGCCCUUUAUCGGCCCUGGCAAACAUGCUCGCCGCCGAGGGACGACGUCGUGUCCAGGCGCAAUCUUUUCACAACAGAAUGAGACUGCUAGACCUUGGGAAGCGGAGCAAGGAGACGGUGGAUUCGCCCGUUCAAGAUCAAGAUGUUAUGGACAGAGAUGACUUUGAAUUCUUUACACAAUAAUGAAAAUGUGCUCAUUUAUAAUUGUUAUAAAUAGCGUAUUUGCCAUUAUAGUGUGAACUAUAGAUGCUAGUUGAUAUUUAUUUAUAACAGGUAAAAUAAUUGUUCGAUGGAAACCGUGGAACUAAUGAAAGAUCGGACUUUAUUGUGAACUUCUAAAUUGAACUUCUAUUGAGGGUAAACACAUAUAUCAUUGUGUUAGUAUCACCUGUAGACUAGGCCCCAAUUUCUCGAAACAUAACAGGAUUUAGCUUAGCUCACUUUUUUUUGGUUUGUUAUGAUUGGUGUAUUGUUCACAUUCUUAAGAUAUUUUCCACGACUUCAAAAAGGAAACUAUAUUUAUGAUUAUCAUCACAAACAAAUAAAAUCAUUUAGUAAAAAUCAAGGAUAAUUCGAGAAAUUUAGGCCGGUAGUGUAUUAAGAAUCAAACAUAAAACUCAGCUUAUCUAUUGUUUAGAUGUUUCACUGAUUUAAUGUUUGAUUUUAUAUACGUAUAUCACAUUGGCGUAUGUAACAAAGAGCGGAAAACAAACUAAAGACACUCAAAGCCACAAUGUGAUCAGUAACAUCUGACAUGAUUUUCUCCUCUUAUUUCUUUGGUUUACAUUAGCUUUUAUAUUUUUUCUGUUAUUUUUUCACCCAGUUCAAUCUUAAUCUAUAAAAAAAUCACGUCCUUGUGUUUUGCCUAAGCGGAGCGGGAACACAAUUUUAAUUAAUGAUUAUAAUGAAACAGCAAUGGUUCUUUUGCCGCCUUACAAACGGGCAGAAAAAAUAUCAGGUUGACUCAAAAAUGAACACUAUUUAUAAACCUGCUUUAUGGUGAAUAUGAAGUUGCUCCUUAAAAAUAAGAUAGAUAUUCCAUCUGGUGAUGAUUAUUGUAUUGGUCGAAGGCUUGUUCAAGCAGGACCUGUUUUCCAUCGUGUAAAUGUGAUGGACUUUCAA